UCAGUACAAGGUUUUGGGUUUGUACGUGAUGAGAUCAAAAUAUUCUAAUGAAACACUAGUGGCUGAGGUGAAGCUUGACGACGAACCAUCAUUUCAAAUUUAUUUGCCAGCGAGGUUUUCAUUUACUCGAGAAAAUCUGGCAAAAGGAAUCGAUAAAGAUCUUAAGAUUAUAUCUAAUGGACGAAAAGAUCAAAGUUCGAGUUAUGACAUAAUGUUUAUAUGAAUUAAUUUUGUGUUUGAAAAAAAUGAAAAUAAAAAAUAUUGAUAAUUAAAAAUUGUAUUACAUAUAAUUUAAUCUCUAAUGAAAAUUUUAAGAAUAGUUAUGGGUAAAAUAAACAAACGCAUGUAUUUUAAAUUAUAAUGUGUAAACUAAAAAAAAAAAAUCCCACCGUUAAAAGUAUAUACAUGAAUUGAAAAAUGAGUGUAAAAGUAAUUACUUGAAAUAAUAAUUUGCAAACUUAAUGUCUACAAAGUACAGAUAACAGUAAAAAAGAGCAAUGUAUACGUCUAUAAUACGACAUCAGUAAAAUAACUUGAUGAAAAAGAGUAUAUAUAAAGGUGUUAUAAAAGGUGUAUUAAGCGUGUGAAAACGUCUAUUAAAUAAAAAUUUCUUGGAAAAUCAUCUCCAGCCUGAGGACUGCUGCACGUUGGCAUAAAAUGUGCUGAGGUUUACAAAAUGAAGUACAUAAAACCGAGAAAAACUCUCCUUUCUGGUUUAAUAGUAUUUCAUUUGUUUAAUCGACACCUUAGAGUCUUCUCUAUUUCAAUAUCAUAAUCAUCAUUAUGUGUUAUUUGUGUGAUACUUGUGGAAUGAAGUUCAAUUUUUUGAAAUCAUUGAUACGUCAUGAGCAAACAGUACACAACAAAAUUUUAUAUGGCUGCAGUUUGUGUUCGAAAAAAUUUUCGAGAAAAGAUAAUUUCUCAAGACAUGUUCAGCAUACACACGGGUUAAUAGGAACUGAUAAAGUAUUGAAAAUGCGUUCUGUAAAUAUAGAAAAAGAAAUAAAAUCGGUUUGUGUGAAAAAUGUGGUUAAUUACGGUGCCAGCACCUCGAAAAAUUUUUACGAUAAAGGUAAUUCGGUUAAGGAAAGCGAGAGAAAAAAUACUGAUACAAAAUUUUCUAAUACUAGAGACAGCGAUGAUGAGCUUUUGCUAGAAGCUGCAAAUAAGAUAGAUGCAAAUUCAAUGGACGUUCAAGUGGUAACCGUUUAUCCUGGUGAUAUCGAAAGUUGGAUUGACCGGUUUUCAGAAGAUAUCGAGUUUGAGGAUAUUAGUCAAAAUAACAAAACGAUCGGAACUGGGAUAGAACACGCGUAUCACUCUAAUCAAUCAAAAACAAAUAGUGAUUGUGUAAAAAUUUCGCGUGCGAAAAAAGUUCAAUCGAUUUUUUCGGAGAACAUCAAUGUACAUAGAAUAGAAAACAGCAAUCCAUGCUCCAUAAAUGAAUUUAUCAAACAAAACAGUAAUAGCAUUUAUGAUGUAUUUGAAAAUGCUAUAAGAACACAUACAGCUGUGAAGACAUCUUUAGAUCUAGUUACUACGUAUGAAAAAAUAAUUUUAAGCAAUAAUAAUGUAAACACACCCGUUAUUACUCAAACACUUAGUAUUUCCCCAUUUAUUUUAACACCGUCGAGUAGUAUCUCCGAGUGGGUUACUACUAUUACACAUCUACUACAGAAAAAGUCCGAAGAGGUAGAAACUCAAGGUAGUGGGUGGGUAUUCAGAGGUGUUGUUUUCUUAGAUAUUAAUACUUUCAAGUAUGAUCCAUUAAGGGGUGGGUGUCAUUUUAAUUUACCAAAAAAAUUAUUUCGAAAAAAUGCAAUUGUAAAUAUUAAAUGUAGGGAGGAAGAUUGCUUUUAUUGGAGUGUGGUUGCUAGUUUAUUUCCGGUUCAGUCACGUAAUGUGGAUGUGACUAAACCAGAGUCGUAUCCACAUUAUAAUACAGUUUUGAAUACUCGAGGUUUGCGAAUACCUUUACUUCUAACCGACAUAAGAAAAUUUGAAGAAAAAAAUGAUAUAAGUGUAAAUGUUUACACUUACAUCGGUGAAAAAAUUACGGGUCCUCUACACUUGACCAGAAAUAAACGUAGCAACCACGCAAAUUUACUUUAUUUAGAUCAAAAAGACAAACCUUUCGGACAUUUCUGUUGUAUUUCGAACUUAGAGCGAUUAGUUUCCGUUCAACUUUCAAAACAUAAAUCUCACAAAUUUUUAUGUGAUGGCUGUCUAUUAUUCUUUUAUUCAGAAGCAAAACUACUCACUCACCAACUCGAAAACUGCAUGAAGGUUAAAACGGUUCUACCGAAACCCCCCAAACACAUGGUUAAAUUUCAAAAUUUCCAUAUGCAAUUCCCCGUGGAAUUCGUAAUUUAUGCUGAUUUUGAAUCAAUUCUAACACCUAUUGCUACAUGCGAUCCUCAACCUGAUAUUUCUUAUACCAAUCAAAUUAAUAUACACGAUCCCCACAGUUUUUCAUAUCAUAUUAAAUGUUCUUAUGAUGAAAAUUUAGAUCGCAUGGAAGAGUACCGGGGGGAUAAUUGCGUGAAGAUGUUUAUUUCUAGGCUUAGGGAAGAUAUUAUCCGUAUAAGCGACAUUUAUUCUAACCCUAUACCAAUGGAAGCGUUAUCUAUUCAACAACAAUAUAAUCACCAUACAGCAACAACGUGUCAUAUUUGUAAUGGUGAAUUACGCUUCCAUGAUAAGGUAAUGGAUCACUGUCACUUAACGGGUAAAUAUCGUGGUGCGGCGCAUAGAGAUUGUAACCUGAAAUGUUCGGUUCCAUCUUUUAUCCCCAUAAUUUUACAUAAUAUGCAAAAUUACGAUUCUCAUUUUAUUAUUACGGAACUCGGUUUUGGUGAUGAUGACGAAGGAAUUGAAGUUAUAGCUAAAACCAAUGAAAAAUAUAUGUGUAUAAAAAAAACUGUAAAAACGACAAAUAACAACCGGAUAACCAUUAAAUUUAUAGACUCAUUAAAUUUUUUACCAUCAUCAUUGGAAAAAUUAGCUGAAACUUUAAUUCCUGAGCAAUUUAAAAUUACUAGGAAAAUGCAUUCUAAUGAUGAAAACUUUAAGUUAAUGUGUCGUAAGGGAGUGUUCCCAUAUGAGUAUGUAACUGAUAUGAAUGUACUGAACGAAUGCAUUUUACCACCUAAAACCGCGUUCCGUAGUAUAUUAAAUAUGAGUGACAUAACAGACGAGGAUUACGACCAUGCAAAAAAAAUCUGGNGAUUACGCCCAUGCAAAAAAAAUCUGGGAGAAAUUUAA